AUGAGAUCGCCCCUUCCCACCCUGCUCUCACGAAGUUACACUCCUUGUCCACACAUUCACACGCACCUCUUGCCAGCCUCAUCAAGGUACUACCUUUUAGACACUCACAACACCUCGCACACACGAUUUACAAACUGUAGAUUUCUCAAGUUCUGCAGUUUUAGUUGCUGUGCGUAUGUCCUUCACUCACUUUACUCUCUUUCUUAA